AGUUUGAUCCGGCCACCGAGGACCUUGACGGAGAAGUCGUCAUGAGGGUUGGAGGAGGUAAGAAUCAUGGGCGGUAUUGGAUUGCCGACAGCGCAAUCGACUCGUCCUCUACUCCUACUCUAUCUCAGAUUAGAGCAAGGAGCACGAGUGCGAGCCCAGGCAUACGACCUCGGCAAGACACUUCACAGUACCGGAUACAGGCACUCCAGGCCGAAUUAGAAGAAGAGAGAAGGCUACGUCUGGAGAACGAGCAUAGGAUGAGGGAUAUGUUUGCCUACAUGCAGACUCUUGGUGCCGCAACGGGUGUAGCUCCACCACCUUCAUUGUUCGCUUCACCUCGACCUCCUGCGGAGUUUUCUACUCCUAAUCAAUCGGCGGCCUCAAAUGACCCUCAUGUUUCUCCAACUACGCCGGUAUGGAGGUCGCCGGGUUGGAGGUCUUGAUCAUGAUUCUUACCACCUGUUUCUAUAGACUUCUCAUGUUUUUGGAUAUCUAUGGACUAUA